CGUCGCUUGUGCUGCAACCCCACCAUCGCCUGGUGGCUGGAGAGGUGGUGCCGUGGUGUUGCUGGGGCCGCGUGCUCAACUCACCUCACGGUGUCGCGAGGCAGGUUCAGGUAGUUUGCAUUGCUUCUGCAUACUCCGGGGCUGUUUCAGCGCGUGGCGCGAACCCGCGCCAGCUCCGGCUGUGGGCCCAACACGGUGGUGUGCUACUGACCACAAGGAGCACGCGCCAGCCAUGAGGGUCGCGCUGGCGGUGCUGGCCGCCGCGCUGUUGGCCUCUGGCGCGGCGGGGCAGCUACCUGCUGGCACCACCCUCCCCGCCACGACCUACCCCGCAGACGUGGAUGCCCUGCACGCGCUGCGCGCCUCCCUGACAAACCUGCCGCGCGACUGGUCGGCCACAGAGGACCCGUGCGGGACCCCCGCCUGCGGCCCCAUGCUGUCCACGCGGUGCGCGUGGACGGGGCUGGCAUGCAACGCCAGCCGCGUGGUGGCCGUCUGGCUGCCCUGCCUGCGCGACUGGUGCUUCAGCGUGGGGGGCACCCUGGCGCCCGGCCUGGCGGGCGCCAGCGAGCUGGAGCUGGUGGAGUUCCAGGGCAACCAGAUCGGCGGCACGCUGCCGCCAGAGUGGGGUGCCCUGGAGCGCCUGGUGGUGCUGUCUGCCGGCUACAACCUGCUGACGGGCACGCUGCCGCCCUCCUACUCAAACCUGUCGGCGCUGGAGCAUGUGCGGCUGAGCGGCAACCAGCUCAGGGGAGGGCUGCCGCCCGACUGGGGCAGCCUGGGGCAGCUGCGCGAGCUGCUGGUGGGCGACAACGAGCUCGACGGCGGCUUCCCGGCAAACUGGGCGGGCAUGGCCAGCAUGCAGGUCCUGGUCUUUGAGAGCAAUCGCCUGUCGGGGCCCCUGCCGGCGGCCUGGGUGCGCAUGUACCAGCUGCAGGUACUGGAUGUGCGCGACAUGUGCGGUGUCUGCGGCGCUGUGCCCUUCAACCAAGUGGUGCGCCUGGGCAUGUCGGGCUCGUCCCUGGGCUGGCCCUGCGGCAGCGGCAACUGCAGCGGGCUGCCGCUGGGGUUCCUGGGCCAGGCUGUCAUCAUCUCAGCCAUUCUGCUGGUGCUGGUGACGCUCUGCUUGUGGCGCCGCAUCUGGCUGUUCCGCCGGCACGGCAGCGACGGGCAGCGCAGCGGGCUGGGCCUGGUGCGGG